AUGGAAGAACAAGCACCACCCGCGGCUGCAGCUCCUCCGGAGGUCAGGGUUUCCAUUCCGCACACCGAAGUCGUGCACGAGGCUAAAGAGUGGAGGCCGUUCGUGGUGUUCGAGAUUCACUUUCAUGUGGGCGACCUGGACCACAUAGUGCACAAGCGCUACAGCCAACUCCGCAGCCUACACGAUCAGAUGGGAAUGAUGCAGAUCGGUCUAGGCGGCGGCGGCCAGCGGUCGUACCCAUUCCCCAAUUUCCCCUCGGCCAAUAUCUUCAAGGACUACUCCAAGCCCGAGCACACCGAGAGCCGCAAGCGUGAGCUGAUCGGGUGCGGUCCUACCACCACUUGCACAUUGGCCAACAAUUGA